AGAGUCACAAAAAGUUCAUUAACACGACGCCGUUUCUCUUAUCCUCCUCCAAAAGGGCUACUAGCCCUGUUGCUUGUUGCCGUGGAGAUGGGGCUUUUUUUUUGGAUUCUAAAAGGACGAAAACUGUUUCACUCAAUCUCUUGCUUCAAGAACGCUGCCAAGCUUAUGAUCGGGAAAGGCGUCGUCUGAUGAUAAUGUCUUUGUAAAUGUUGUAUCCCAAGUUCAGAUUUAAGAUUCCUGGACGUUACAAACUCCCACAUUGCUGCUCUCUCUCGUGUCUUCGCACCUGCCUGAAUGGAAAAGCCGCAAGUGUGGAGCAUCUCAGUCGUAACAACACACUUUUCAGGCACAUUAUCUUGCAUCUUUAACUAACUCUUUCCCAAUUUUGGACGGAUAUGAGAAUAGAUUAGUUUCAACUGAAUUCAAUUUUGGCUUAUUCUUACUCGUAGAUCCUUUACCUUUUCAACAUGUUUUCAGCAACUUUUCAUGAGCUGAUCUUGGAGUGUUUAUUUCACUUUCAUAGUCACCUUAUGAUUAUAAUCAGGACUGUUCUUUUGACUAUACACAGUAUUGUUCAUUGUUUUCAAUGGGCCCAAAUGUAGCAGUGAAGAAUUUGGAUAAACUACAUCUGAAAUUAAAUUUUUUGCAUAAAAUACAAUCAGUAGCCGUCAUAUCGCCAACCAAUUAAGGUUGGCGAAAUGUUACUUCAGAUGCUCCUACCAUCCGUGUGAUUAGACUCGAAAUAAAAAUGAUCUUUUUUAGUGCGUCAGGGAUGGCAAGGUGGGAUGGUAGAUCUAAAUAGCAGAGAAUGUUGGCACAGCUACAAAUGAAUCAAUUGGAUUCAUUGGGAAUUUGGGAUGAACCCAAAUAUUGGUGGUAGAACAAGUUUGUUCUCUUAGUUUAUGUGCAUUCCCUGUUGUUGAGGUCAGGAUUGGAUUGUUCUAUGACAUGGAAAGUUCCUUUAGAAUGGAUUGAGAGCCAUGGAACGUUCUCCCCAUGGGUCAUAAAAUCCAGGAUAUCAUGGCAUCAGCUGAAAGCUCAUUUUCACCUAACCAAUGAAUUUGCAGGGAUCCAAGGACAUUUGCCUUGUAAUCAAAGACUUAAAUAGAAAAUUAUCAAGAGGUAGUAAACUAAGGAAAACAGCGCACCACGAUCUUUAACCUUCCAUUUCAAUUCAAGCUUGCAGAGGGCAAGUGGGCGACAAUGGUUGCCCCAACCUGCAAGACAAAGUAAAGUAAUAAACAAAAGCAAAGGAAGAGAAGGCUUAGAGCUUUAUCCAUACAGAGACCUAGAAGGAAAAAACAAAUAAACGUUUUUCUUGGUAUUAUGAGAAGAGUGGAUACGUGCUAAAAGAAAAUAUUGAUCGCAGUUUGGACUCUGGAUUACCCAGAAAAAAUAAAACCCAAAGGACUGAAAAGCUAACGGCUUUGUCGGGAGACCUUUGAUUGGUUGGUUGGAUGGUCCCGCGCUUUCCGUAGACUUCACUUGAAAACUUCAAUACGGACGUAUAUAAUGAGGAGGAUCUGGCCCUGCUGCUUCACAAGACGAGUCUCUAACACCCAUCAGAAAGCAGAAGAUAUUCAGAGGUCCAUCGGGACUAUGGAGAACCCAAAAGAGGGUAAUGCCGACCAUGGUGUCUCAGAGAAACAAAAUGAAAGCACAAUCAAAUCAAGGGACAGUUUGUCUUCUAAUAUCAUACUGAACCAUGAUUUCUCUAGAGGUCUGCAUUCAUGGAACCUCAAUUGCUGCAAUGGUUCUGUAGUUUCAGCUGAGUCUGGCUUUUUGGAAGGAAUAUCAGUAAAAUCUGGAGGUAAUUAUGCUGUAAUUACAAAUCGCAAGGAAUGCUGGCAGGGUUUGGAACAAGAUAUUACAAGCAGAGUUUCCCUGGGUUCUACUUAUUCUGUUUCCGCUUGUGUUGGAGUAUCGGGCUCUCUUCAGGGAUCUGCCGUAGUCCAGGCCACAUUGAAGCUAGAAUACCAAGGUUCAGCAACUAGUUAUUUAUUCAUUGGAAGAACCUCUGUAUCAAGAGAGCAGUGGAAGAAAUUGGAAGGGACAUUCUCAUUGUCAACUAUGCCUGACCGAGUUGUAUUUUACUUGGAAGGCCCUUCUCCUGGACUGGACCUUCUCAUAGAAUCAGUUGUUAUCUUCUGUUCUAGCCCCACUGAGGAGGAGAGUUCAAGUACAAGAUGUGCUGCAGCAGGAGAUGAAAACAUCAUACUAAACCCCAUAUUUGAGGAUGGUGUUAACAAUUGGUCUGGAAGGGGCUGCAAGAUUCUAUUACAUGACUCUAUGGGAGGUGGAAAAAUUGUUCCACAGUCUGGAAAGUUCUUUGCAUCUGCAACUGAACGCACACAGAGCUGGAACGGAAUUCAGCAGGAGAUCACUGGAAGAGUGCAGAGAAAACUCGCUUACGAGGUUGCUGCUGUGGUUCGGAUAUUUGGUAACAAUGUCACUAGUGCUGAUGUACGGGUUACUUUAUGGGUCCAAACACCAAAUCUCCGUGAACAGUAUAUAGGUGUUGCCAAUUCGCAGGCAACAGACAAGGAUUGGAUUCAGUUGCAGGGAAAGUUCCUUCUCAAUGCCUCCCCAUCAAGAGUAGUCAUUUAUUUGGAAGGUCCACCUCCAGGCACUGACAUACUUGUCAAUAGCUUAGUAGUAAAACAUGCAGAAAAAAUCCCUCCUUCACCACCACCAGUUAUCGAGGAUCCAGCUUUUGGAAUUAAUACAAUCCAGAACAGCAAUCUCAAUGAUGGCUCCAAUGGGUGGUUUCCCCUUGGUAGUUGCACUUUAAGUGUUGCAACAGGUUCACCACGUAUACUUCCUCCAAUGGCAAGAGAUUCCCUUGGAGCUCAUAAUCCUCUAAGUGGUCACUACAUCCUUGUAACCAAUCGCACACAGACUUGGAUGGGUCCUGCUCAGAUGAUCACUGAUAGAGUGAAACUCUAUUUGACAUACCAAGUGUCUGCUUGGGUUCGAAUUGGUCCAGGAGCAACUGCUCCUCAGAAUGUGAAUGUUGCACUCGGUGUGGAUAGUCAGUGGGUAAAUGGAGGUCAGGCUAACGUUAGCGAUGACAGAUGGUAUGAAAUUGGUGGAUCCUUCAGAAUUGAGAAGCAACCAUUGAAGGUUAUGGUUUAUGUACAAGGUCCUGCUUCAGGUGUUGACUUAAUGGUUGCUGGACUUCAAAUUUUCCCUGUUGAUCGACAUGCAAGGUUUAGACAUUUAAAGAAGGAGACUGAUAAGAUACGUAAGCGUGAUGUCAUCCUAAAUUUCUCAGGUUCAGGAACAGGAACUUCUAUAGGCACAUUUGUUAAAGUCAGACAAACACAGAACAGUUUCGGGUUUGGUUCCUGUGUCAGCCGAACAAACAUAGACAAUGAAGAUUUUGUUGAUUUCUUUGUAAAAAAUUUCAACUGGGCUGUGUUUGGAAAUGAGUUGAAGUGGUAUUGGACAGAGUCACAACAAGGAAACUUCAACUACAGAGAUGCUGAUGAGCUCUUGGACUUGUGCAAGAGCCACAACAUGGAAACGCGAGGUCAUUGUAUCUUCUGGGAAGUGGAGGGCACAGUCCAGCCAUGGGUCAAAUCACUAAACAAAAAUGACUUGAUGACGGCUGUUCAGAACCGUCUGACAGGCCUUCUCACCCGCUACAAGGGGAAGUUCAGGCAUUAUGAUGUGAACAACGAGAUGCUGCAUGGAUCAUUCUAUCAAGAUCGAUUGGGUAAAGACAUUCGAGCAAACAUGUUCAAGACUGCAAAUCAACUAGAUUCAUCUGCCGCCCUGUUUGUGAAUGAUUAUCAUGUUGAGGAUGGAUGCGACACCAGAUCAUCUCCAGAGAAGUACAUUGAACAGGUUAUUGACCUGCAAAAGCAAGGUGCACCUGUGGGAGGAAUUGGAAUCCAGGGACAUAUAGAUAGUCCAGUUGGGCCAAUUGUUUGUUCUGCCCUAGAUAAAUUGGGUGUUCUUGGCCUUCCAAUCUGGUUCACAGAGCUUGAUGUGUCUUCCAUUAAUGAAUGUAUCAGAGCAGAUGAUUUGGAAGUCAUGCUUCGGGAAGCUUUUGCCCAUCCUGCAGUAGAUGGUAUUAUGCUCUGGGGCUUCUGGGAGUUGUUUAUGAGCCGAAACAAUGCACAUUUAGUGAAUGCAGAGGGCGAAAUCAAUGAAACUGGUUGGAGGUACCUCGCUCUUAGAAAAGAGUGGCUGUCCCAUGCUCAUGGGCACAUCGACGAGCAGGGAGAAUUCAUGUUUAGGGGCUUCCAUGGAUCAUAUGUCGUGGAAAUCGGUACUGGCUCAAAGAAAAUUUCCAAGACAUUUGUCGUUGACAAUGGUGAGUCACCUCUGGUGGUUUCCAUUGGCUUAUAGACACCAAGUAACGACUGCUACUUGACAAUAAAUAGAGAACUCUUCACGGGUUCCAUAUCAUUAAAGACGUUCAGCAAUAAAAAGUGAUGUGUCGGUUGGCUUCAUAUGUAUCCCCUUGAGUUGUGUGUACACACAAACUUCGUUGUAACUGCCAGGCAAAUAAUAAAAGAGAUGGUCUUGUUGGUUGUGAUA